GCGGCUCUGCUCGUAUCCUCGCGUCUGUCAGCCCGCACCACCGAGCACGCCGCACUAUAUACACGCCGCGAGCUCGCGCUCCCGACACUUCACACCUCGACGCCAUGCGCCUCCGCCCUGCGGAUGAAGCAUCGGACCUCACCAACCUCAACUAUCGUUAUUAUCCCAAAGUGUUAAACUCACUCCACGGACUAGUAAUGAAAUAAUUGACACCUGUGCUAGUGAUACAUUCGAACAUGAAGUCCAGGAAGAACUCGUCGGACACCGCGCCGGAGCUGCAGGAGUUGCUGCAGAAGCCGCACAGCCUCACGCUGAUCGCCGACGGCCGGCGCACGACAAUAAUCCCAACACAAGGGACGAAUAAAGAGAAGAAUCAGGUAUCCUCGCCAGUUGAAGACGAUGGGCCUGAUGUGGUCUCCACCAUCAUCGGCAAGUAUGGACGCUGGCAGCUGCUGAUGACCUUCCUCCUGUCUCUCUUCUCAUUGCCCUGCACAUUCCACAUAUACCUGCCGACGUUCACCAUGAAGGAUACUACAUUCUGGUGCAGAAGGCCCGCAAAUUUAUCAAGCCUACCAUUAUCGGCGUGGAUAAACUACAGCCAGCCUCAUGGAGGCUGCACCGUAAGAACACUCACCUCAGAUGUGACAGUGGAAAGCAUACUGAACCACACAGCUCCUCUAUUAGACUCCUUUCAAAAAUGCACGGAGUUCGGCUAUGAUAGGUCUGAAGUUGGGAGCACGAUUAUAUCGGAAUGGAAUCUGGUGUGUGACCGAGCUCAUCUGACGAGCCUUGCUGAAGUCAUGUUCUUGGUCGGUGUUGGUAUCGGAGGAGUGGUCGGUGGCUGGAUAUCUGAUAGAUUUGGCCGCAAACGCAUUCUGAUGAGCAUGAUGGUAGCGCAGAGCUCGCUGGCUAUCCUCGCACUGCUGGUCCGUUCCUUCGUACAAUACGUGGUUGUAAGACUAAUCAUGGGCUUCGUGUCUGUCUCCGUGGUAUAUGCUGCCUUCGUGCUCUCUGUGGAACUGGUGGGAGGGAAGUGGGUGACGAUUGCAGGAGUGUGCAACUUCUUCUGGCUGCCUCUAGCGUAUCUCAUUGUGACGCUCUUGUCUCUGGUUCUGCCGAACUGGCGGGACCUGCAACUGAGCCUGUCGAUUCCCGGAUGUCUGUUACUUGCACUAUGGUUUGUGUUACCAGAAUCGCCGAGAUGGCUGCUCAGUAUGGGAAAGACUCAGGAAGCCAAAGUAAUAUUGGAGAAAGCUGCCAAGAUUAACAAGCGCGAAUUCCCCGCUGACAUCGAUAAACUGCUACUGCUGCAUAAACCGGAGGAGACCAGCGAACUACCCAGAGUCGCCAUGUUGUUCACGGGAGUUCUGCGCAAGAGGACGAUAUGUCUCUUCUUAUCAUGGUUCUGCAUGACCAUUGCCUACUAUGGACUACUGUUGAACAUCGGAAACUUCAACCUGGGCAAUUUGCAUGUCACAUCCAUGAUUUUAGCUGUUGUCGAAAUACCAGCGGUAGCGAUAAGUAUCCCGAUUCUCUUGAAGGCUGGAAGGCGGAUACCGAUUUUCAUCAGCAUGUUGACCUGUGGACUCGCGUGUGUCGCUAGUGAAAUAUUCUCGAUUGCGCUUAACGAUGAUUGGAUCCAGAUCGCCUGUCUGAUGAUCGGGAAGUUUUCUAUCGGCGCCACGAACAUGAUGAUGCCAAUAUUCACUGUGGAACUUUACCCAACGGUGGUAAGAAACCUCGGCGUGGGUGCCAGUCAGAUAGCAGCCGGGCUUGGACUUAUAUGCAUUCCGUACUUAUGGAAACUGUCUAUAUUAAGUAAGCACUUGCCGAUGCUGACGAUCGCGGCGUUGGCUGCUAUUGGUGGAGCCAUAAUCCUGCUGUUAUCUGGCACCAGCAGCCAGCAACAAGAGGAACCUGUGACUGAUAAGAAAAAGCCCACGUACGACAGCUCGCCGCGUAACGGAACGUUCACAAUUACCGACGACAGAGGGCAAUAGCAGUGAAAUGUUGAAGCAAUCUGUGUGUGUAAUCGUAACAUACUUUGUACAAAGUGCAUGAACAGUGAAUAGUGAGAAUUUUUCGAAUUUAAUUAACAGUUUUAAGUAGAUGAGUAUGACUAUGAAUAACAACAUAUCAUGGAAGGCCUAAAGGUGUCACUUCUGUGAGUAGGUUGUGUGUAAAGUACAGUUGUAAGGAAAAGCAGUAUCAUAUUAACUAGUGCUGUAGAUAUUUUAAUUAAGAAUCUAGAUUAAGUAAAGAGUCUAUUUAAACUAGUAAUAAUUCUUAACUAAUGCAAAGUAGGGCUUGAGCAAUAUUUUAUUAGUAUGUAUCUAAUUAGAUUUAAUUACUCAAUGACUUCCCUAAGAUAUCAAUUAAUUAAACGUUGAGUCAAUUUAAGAAAAUGUUAGCAAAUGUGUGGUUACCAAAAAACAAAUAAAUCAUAUCAAGAUCCAAGUUUACUGAGCUUAAGAAGUUAAAACACGUGAAUUGGUUCAAUUAAUUAGAAGUUGAAAGUCGAAUAUCAUCAUACCGGACACCUGACUAGUUAAAUAAGCUUAAAACUAUUUAAUGUCGCUGUUUCGCAAUCCUUAAUUUAUAUUUUACUUAUUUAUAGGCACAACAUACAUUUUAAUACUGCCUACGCAGAUGAACUCGCAAUAUCCCAAAUUAGCCAAUAUGAAUGAACUUAUUCAAUUUAUUUGACUUGGCGCCUUAAGUUUAUUACAUUAUAUUGUUUUGCAAUGUUUAAAUGUUUAAUGCUUCUAUUGAAAUUUUAAAUGCUAAGAAAAGGUUUUUAAUCAAAUGUUUUGCUGUCGAUGAAUUCUUCUUCUCUUUAAGACUUUCUAAGAUGUAUUAUCAUUACUAUCCAUUCCUAACUUUGCUUGUAUUCCUAACAUUUUCCGAAUAAAAUACGAAAUAACUAUUCGCUAACAAUAUGCAAUGACCGAACACAAUUACUGUAACUAUAUAAUUUAUAUGCAUGUUACGUUAAAAAUGUUAUAAAUGUAACGGUUUAUUUUCGUAAAUAAUAUGAAAUCUAAUUGCUUAAUAUAAUUGUUGUUACAUUAUAUUUUUUAAUAUCGCUAUUAGAACAAUAGGUAUUUUUAAAUAAGUGAUAUUUCCGUGUAUACAUGUUUGACCAGCAACUGAAAGCAAUUUUUUCCAGUCAGAACUUCCAAAAAAUCAAUCAACAUUGUAACUGUUAAUGUCUGUUUAAUGAAUCAUAUCAACUUACGCAUUAUUGUUUAAAUUACAAUUAGGGAAGUAUGUACCUGUAUUUCUUACCAAUUAGAAUAUUUAUUGUAUAAAGUUUAAGUAAUUUACAUAAUUUAAGAAUCUUAGUACAUAGACUAGACUACCCCAUAGUUUCAAGUUACCUAACACCAAGUUACCAUCAGUAGACAUAAAGACGUUCUUAUUAAUGUUUGGCUCAUGUACUUAUUUGGUAAUCAAUGUAAAACAUUUAAUGACUCCAUCUGUUUCUAUUAAACAUGAAUCGUUUAAAUAAAUUAAUGACAAAUUACACCAAUCUGUAAUUAUUCGAAAUAAACUAAUAAUUUUUAA